CCGCGAGACGGAUUCAUGAUAGCAAAUGAGCGUCGACAACUCACUUUUGAAAGGAGGCAAUCUUUAGUUGCAUCGAAAACCCUCAACUCGUUUACAUUACCAGCCGGAAACUAUGAGUUCCCAUUUACGAUACAUCUUGACAGCUCAAUGACCGAGACUAUCACAGGGUUCCACCAUGAGUAUCAUUCCUACAAUGUGCAAGGCAUCAUAGAACGCCGCUAUGGCAAAGAAUUUGUUCUCUCACAGCCCAUCCGAGUCUACAAAACCAUGGCCUUUGAGACCAGUCUUCUAUGGCCAAGCUUUUCUAUGUCCAUCGAAAAUCAGCGAGAUGAGAGUAUUCACUACACAAUCUCGAUUCCCGAUCGGAAUAUACCCUUCGGUUCCACUUUCCCGGUCGACUUUUGGCUCACACCAUUGUCAAAAGACAUCAAGCUAGCAGCAAUCGAAGUCCAGGUCCUUGAAAGACAUGACCUCAGAAUUGAGGCAACCGCUGCAGAAUCAGUACGAAGUAAUGUUCAUUUCUUGACCUCGAAAAGAACCUACGUUGUCUUCGGUGAGAGGCAUGAUCUCACGGCCGAGAACUAUGAAACGCCGGACCCAGAGCUUUCGGACGUUCAAUGGUGCAUUACAAAGCCUGUUCAUCUACCCCGGUUGAUGGACGCUUGCUCACAGUCAAUUCAAUUGGCAAAUAUCAAGAUUGCGCACUUUUUGACCACUACCAUUGAACUGCGGACCCUGGAAGGGUGUGUAUCGACAGUACGUUGGCAAAUUUCACUCCUCGCCGGGAAUGAAAAGCAGGGACUUACUUCUGACCAGAUCACGGACUCCAUUGCCUUUGACAUUUUCAUGUCCCCAAUCGUUUUUGGGGAGGAUGGAGCUGUCCAUGGCCACAAUAUGCAACAUUUACAAGGCAAAAACAUUCCUCCCCCGCCCUACGGAGCCCAUACUAGGGAUUCGUUGGUAGGAGAUCCCUCCGCAGGUGGAAAUAUUGGGUGGCUCCCUCACGAACAAGAUUCAGGUCACUUGACAUUGAGGAAACAGAUUGUCUCUUUACUCUCUAUGGUGGUUGGCCUACCAGUU